CGUUAUUGUAGCUCUUGAUUAAACAAAGUGUCGAACAUCGGCGUCAUUCAUUUGCUUGGCCUAUUCUUCUUCGGAAUUUUACAAACCCAUUGGUCUUGUUGAAAAACGAACAUGGCAUCCAUUCCGGUUGUCGAUUUGGCCGAUUUAGAUCUAAGUGGAAUUGCCGAUCGUGUCGUGAAACAGCUGGACGAGGCAUUCUCUACCGUCGGCUUCGUCUACCUGACAAAUCACGGAAUCCAGCAGACAACGAUUGACAAUGUUUUGAAAGCCUCCAAACAUUUUUUCCAAUUCCCCGACGACAUUAAGAACCAAACACGACGUAAUCACUCGCAAAACAAUGACGGAUACGUUGGAAUCAAUCAAGAAAUACUGGGAACUAACGAUCUACAAGAAAUCAAAGAAGCUUACAACAUCACAAGUCCAACCAGCAUUUUCCCUUCACAGGAAUUCAAUCCGGAAUUCCGGUCGGCUGUCGUCUCACUGGCUUUGAAACUCGCUGAAUUGACCAGACGUUUGCUCACCUGCAUGGCUCUCGCCUUAGGCCUGGAUGGAAAUUUCUUUGUGGAUCGUCAUCGUUUCAUGUUCCAAGAUCAGACGAAGAAUGCAACAACCUUUCGGACUUUGUAUUAUCCUUCCUUGGCAGACAGACACAUCCAGCCAGGCGUAGUCAGAUGCGGAGCUCAUUCGGAUUAUGGAACCAUCACACUACUUUUGCAAGACGAUGUUGGUGGAUUGGAAGUGCUUUCUGGAACUGAAUGGAUAUCUGCUGUUCCUAUUCCAGGUUCGAUCCUUGUUAAUCUCGGAGAUCUGAUGCAGUUCUGGACUGCCGGCCGUUACACAGCAACCGUUCAUCGUGUGCUAGUGCCAGAAGAAGAGAUCCGUCGGAAAUCAACUCGCCAAUCUAUCGCUUUCUUUGUUCAUCCAGAUAACGAUGUGAUGGUUUCGCAGUUGAACGGUUCCAAAGAUCAUCCUCCAGUCGGGGCGUUGGAUUACCUCAAGACACGCCUAUCCGCUACCUACAAAUACUAACAUUUUUCUUUUUUUUUUUUUUUUUUUUUAGAAAAAAAUCUGACUAUCAUACUAGUAUUUUUAAACAAAGACUUUUAAAACUUUAA